GCCAGCCAGAGAGUCGCCCCUCAAGAAACGCUCACACGCACCGCAGAACGAAGACGGUGCGGGCGCGCAGUCGUGGCAGAGCCCACCGAGUUACCAGGGAUCUAAACGCACUGACUGGAGGGAUGUAUCGACUGGGAGUGAGGCAAGCGCGCACAAACUGUCAGCGCCACUUUUCGCGGCUCUUCUGCUUUUACUUAGGAGUCGUUUUGGGAAGAGACUUCAUAGCAGGGAUGGAGUCACCCGAUGAUGCCAACGUCCUGGCCGAUUCGAAAUGGAACGUCUCUGAAGAAGCAGAAAGAGAUGAUUUCUUGAUGCUGGAUGAGCCAAUGAACAACAUAACCACCUCACUCGGGCAGACGGCAGAGAUGCACUGUAAAGUGUCAGGCAGCCCAACACCUGUAAUUCGAUGGCUGAAGAACGACGCUCCGGUGGUCCAGGAGCCCAGGAGGAUAUCCAUUCGGGCCACGAGCUACGGAUCCCGGCUGAGGAUACGCAACUUGGACACCACAGACACGGGCUACUUCCAGUGUGUGGCUACCAGUGACAAGAUGAUGGUGUCCACCACUGGGGUGCUGUUUGUCAAAUUCGGUCCUCCUCCAACUGCAAGUCCAGGAAAGCCUUCCCUUGAUGAGUAUGAAGAAGACGGCUUCUGCCAGCCCUACAGAGGGAUCGCCUGUGCCCGUUUCAUUGGCAAUCGCAGUAUAUACGUGGACUCUCUGCAAAUGCAAGGCGAGAUUGAAAACCAGAUAACAGCGGCCUUCACCAUGAUCGGCACAUCCAACCAGCUGUCAGAUCGCUGCUCACAGUUCGCCAUCCCCUCCCUCUGUCACUUUGCUUUCCCAUUCUGCGACGAGACGCUAACGCUAGCCAAGCCCCGCGACCUCUGCCGGGAUGAAUGUGAGAUUUUAGAAAAUGACCUCUGCAAGACGGAGUACAUCAUUGCGCGCUCCAACCCCAUCAUCCUGAUGAGACUGAAGUUGCCCAACUGUGAUGAGCUUCCUCUCCCGGAGAGUCCCGAAGCAGCUACCUGCAUGAGGAUCGGCAUUCCCAUAGCUGAGCCUAUCAACAAAAAUCACAAGUGCUAUAAUGGCACAGGCAUCGAAUACCGUGGGACAGUCAGCAUGACCAAAUCCGGCCUUCAGUGCCAGCCCUGGAAUUCCCAGUACCCUCACAGUCACACCUACUUGGCCGUGCGUUACCCCGAGCUGAAUGGUGGACACUCGUACUGCAGAAACCCGGGCAAUCUAAAAGAGGCGCCCUGGUGCUUCACUCUGAAGGAGGCUGUCCGGAUGGAGCUGUGUGAAAUUCCUGCUUGUGAUUCCAAGGAAAGCAGCAAGUGGGAACUCCUUUAUAUACUGGUGCCUAGUGUUGCUAUUCCCCUGGCAAUUGCCCUCCUCUUUUUCUUCAUCUGCGUCUGCCGCAACAACAACAAGUCUUCCAACACCCCAGCGCAGAGGCAACCUAAACCAGUCCGAGGUCAAAAUGUGGAGAUGUCAAUGCUCAGCGCCUACAAACCCAAGAGCAAAGCAAAGGAGCUGCCACUGUCUGCUGUGCGCUUCAUGGAGGAACUGGGCGAGUGUGCCUUUGGGAAGAUCUAUAAAGGCCAUCUGUACCUUCCUGGCAUGGACCGUGCCCAGCUGGUGGCCAUCAAGACACUGAAGGACUGCUCCAACCCCCAGUUGUGGAGUGAGUUCCAGCAGGAGGCGUCCCUCAUGUCUGAGCUCCAUCACCACAAUGUCGUGUGCCUGCUGGGUGUGGUCACUCAGGAGCAGCCCAUCUGCAUGCUUUUUGAAUUUCUCCACCAAGGUGACCUGCACGAAUUUCUCAUCAUGCGCUCGCCGCACUCAGAUGUUGGAUGCAGCAGUGACGAGGACGGCACGGUGAAGUCCAGCUUGGACCACGGUGACUUUCUGUACAUCUCCAUCCAGAUUGCAGCCGGCAUGGAGUACCUGGCUAGUCACUUCUUUGUCCACAAGGACCUCGCUGCUAGGAACAUCUUAGUAGGGGAGCAUCUCCAUGUCAAAAUAUCUGACCUCGGGCUUUCUAGAGAGAUUUAUGCCUCGGACUACUACCGGGUUCAGCCCAAGUCCCUUCUUCCAAUUCGGUGGAUGCCCCCUGAGGCCAUCAUGUACGGAAAGUUUACAACAGACUCGGACAUUUGGUCUUUUGGAGUAGUCUUGUGGGAGAUCUUCAGUUUUGGCCUACAGCCAUAUUACGGCUUCAGCAACCAGGAGGUGAUUGAGAUGGUCCGCAAAAGACAGCUCCUACCCUGCCCAGAAGACUGCCCACCUAGGAUGUACGGCUUGAUGACUGAGUGCUGGCAGGAGAGCGCAGCUCGUCGGCCCCGCUUCAAAGACAUCCAUGGCAGGCUGAGAUCAUGGGAGGGUUUGUCCAGCCACACCAGCUCGACCACUCCCUCUGGUGGCAACGCCACCACACAGACUACCUCCUUGAGUGCCAGUCCAGUCAGUAAUCUCAGCAACCCGAGGUAUGCCAGUUUUGGCUACCCCCCUCCAGGUAUUCCCCAAGGUCAGAUUGUGGGCUUUGUUACCACACAGCUGCCCCAAAAUCAGCGUUUCAUCCCAGUGAACGGUUACCCGAUUCCUCCUGGCUAUGCAGCGUUCCCCGCCACCACUGCCCACUUUCAGGGGCAAGCUCCACCCCGUGUGAUCCAACACUGCCCGCCCCCAAAGAGCCGCUCCCCAAGUAGUGCCAGUGGGUCGACCAGCACAGGGCACGUGACUAGCGUGCCAUCCACUGGUUCCAACCAUGAUGCCAACACCCCACUGCUGUCCCACUGCAUGACCGUUUCCGGCCAUCCCGGGGGUGGCCCUGUGCAGAUCUUUGGACAUGUAGGCCAGAAGGCCAUGCAGAUGGACCCGACACAAGCCUCAUUGCUGGUGGACCCGAACAAACAUGUGUACAGUGACUCAGUGCUCACCGCUGACCUGUAGUUCUUUUGGAUGGAACAUUUCUUGUAAAUAUAUACAUACGUACUUUAAAACAAACAAAAAAAGAAUUCCAGAGUGACUUACAAAGCUUUAUAUUCAGGAUGAACGCAAUUUCAUAUCAAGCUGAUUGAAAUGUUGGCAUUUGCUGUGAAAAUCCAUUCCAAUUCUACAUUUCUAUGGGUGCCUUAAAAGAGAAAAGGGUGGUGGGAAGAGACUGUCUUCAUUUUCCAUGUCGGGUUUCUGGGAUUCUUCCAUGUAAGCAUUCCGAGUGGGGUUUCAUUUUAUUGCCGCAGACUAGGAGGGUGCGAGUCUUCCUGUCACGAAGACAGCCAAGCACGGCUGGGACAGGACACCCAAGGCUGGAGCCAAGUGAAUGUGUAAGCAGGUGGGAGGAGCACUUGUCAAUCAUUGGUUUAUCCUACCAAUCACCUGUUAGAAUUGCUUUGUCAGUCACAUUCAUUUUGUUUAAGGAAGAAGUGGGGCCCACACAGUUUGGGUGUGUUUUCACUGUGUAAGACACCUUGACCGUGGCAAAAUGGCGAUAAUGAUGUUAAAGACUAAAACGAAACGAGCUGGUAAGAUAUUGACAAGUACAUCCUGAGUGCACACCACUCUUAAUUAAGAAAUUUUUGUAAAAAGGGGUGGGCGACGUUGCUCCUGGAGGGCUGCAGUGGCAACGCAGUUGCUUAAUUAGACGCCAAUACAGUAAAACCUUGGAUUGCG